UCACAUUUCUGGCAUCUCUGUUGAAUUAGACUAGACAUCUUUCUGUCUUUUCCCUAGAUAUAUUUUUCUCUUCCCAAAUUCCAGACCAUUAGGAAAGAUGGAGCACCUUGCCAAGGAAACCGCUGCAGAAAGCAGUGGGCCAAAAGUUUUGGAAACAGCAGAAGAAAUCCAGCAGAGGCGUGAAGAGGUGUUGAAUCGGUACCAGAGGUUCAAGCAACGUGUUGCUGAGAGGGGUCAGAAACUUGAAGAGUCCUAUCACUACCAAGUUUUCAUGCGAGAUGCAGAUGACCUGGAAAAGUGGAUCAUGGAGAAACUCGAGAUUGCAAAGGAUAAGAGCUAUGAGCCAACAAAUAUACAGGCAAAAUAUCAGAAACAUGAAACCUUUGUAGCAGAGGUACAAGCAAAAUCAAAAGUCCUUCCUGAACUGGAAGAAAUUAGAGAAGUCCGGUUUACUGAAGAUCAUUUUGCCCAUGAAGACACCAAGACCCACCUGGAGGAACUGCGUCGACUGUGGGACCUGCUGCUGGAGCUGACCCAGGAGAAGAGUGAUGUGCUGCUGCGGGCCCUGAAGUUCCAUCAGUACUCACAGGAGUGUGACGACAUCUUAGAGUGGAUCAGGGACAAGGAGGCUAUAGUGACACUAGUAGAGCUGGGUGAAGACUGGGAGCGCACAGAAGUUCUGCAUAAGAAGUUUGAAGAGUUCCAGGAGGAGCUGGCAGCUCGAAAAGGGAAAGUGGACAGAGUGAACCAGUAUGCCAACGAGUGUGCUGAGGAAAAACAUCCUAAGCUGCCCUUGAUAAAGUCAAAACAGGAUGAGGUCAACAUUGCUUGGGAGCGUCUCUGUAACUUGGCUCUCCAAAGACAACAAACACUGUCCAGUGCUGCAGACCUCCAAAGAUUCAAGAGGGAUGUGACUGAAGCCAUUCAGUGGAUCAAGGAGAAGGAGCCUGUACUUACCUCAGAGGACUAUGGCAAGGAUCUCGUUAGCUCAGAGUCACUGUUUCACAGUCACAAGAGACUUGAGAGGAACCUUGCAGUCAUGCAGGACAAAGUAAAGGAGUUAUGUGCCAAAGCAGACAAGCUGAUGACUUCCCACCCUGCAGAUGCCCCUCAGAUCCAGCAGAUGAAGGAGGAGCUGAUCUCCAACUGGGACCACAUUCGGGCCUUGGCUACGGCCAGAUAUGCAAAACUUCAGGCUUCUUAUGGGUACCAUCGAUUCUUGUCUGACUAUGAUGAGCUCUCCGGCUGGAUGAAUGAGAAAACUGCACUCAUCAAUGCUGAUGAAUUGCCAACAGAUGUGGCCAGUGGGGAAGCCCUAUUAGCCAGGCACCAGCAGCAUAAGCAUGAGAUCAACUCUUAUGACGACCGAUUUCAAUCGGCUGAUGCAACUGGUCAAGAAUUGCUGGACGGCAAUCACGAUGCUUCUGAUGAAAUUAGAGAAAAGAUGACAGUCCUUGCCAAUGCUUGGGCUGCUCUGCUGGAACUGUGGGACAGGCGUCAGCAUCAGUACCAGCAGUGCUUGGAUUUUCACCUCUUCUCUCGAGACAGUGAGCAAGUGGACAGUUGGAUGAGCAGACAAGAGGCCUUCCUGGACAAUGAAGAUCUAGGAAACUCACUGGGCAGUGUUGAAGCCCUUCUUCAGAAGCAUGAUGACUUUGAAGAAGCCUUUACUGCCCAGGAAGAGAAGAUCAUAACUUUGGAUGAGACUGCAACAAAACUUAUUGACAAUGACCAUUAUGAUUCUGAGAACAUUGCUGCUAUCCGUGACGGGUUGUUGGCCCGGAGGGAUGCCUUACGUGACAGAGCUGCCACUCGACGCAAAUUAUUGGUGGAUUCACUGCUUCUGCAACAACUGUAUCAAGACUCAGAUGACCUAAAAACUUGGAUCAACAAAAAGAAAAAAGUGGCAGAUGAUGAAGAAUACAAGGACGUACAGAACUUGAAGAGUCGUGUUCAAAAGCAGCAAGACUUUGAAGAGGAACUGGCAGCUAAUGAGAUCAUGCUCAACAACCUUGAGAAAACUGGCCAGGAGAUGAUUGAGAGUGAUCACUAUGCUUCCGAUGCUGUGGCCGCUCGUGUGAGAGAGGUUGCCAGCCUCUGGAAGGAGCUACUGGAAGCCACAGCUCAGAAAGGGUCCCAGCUGUAUGAAGCCAACCAGCAGCUGCAAUUUGAAAACAAUGCUGAAGACCUGAGGCAUUGGCUGGAGGAGGUUGAAUGGCAAGUUGCCUCUGAGGAUUAUGGGAAAGGCCUGGCUGAUGUUCAGAAUUUACUCAGGAAACAUGGCCUCCUUGAGUCAGCCGUGGAUGCUCGUCAGGAUCAGGUGGACACCCUCACAGACAUGGCCGCACAUUUUGAAGAAAUAGGACAUCCCGAUUCUGGGGAUAUUCGUGCAAGGCAACAGUCCUUGGUGUCUCGAUUUGAAGCUCUGAAAGAGCCACUGGCCACCAGGAAGAAGAAGCUCAUUGACCUCCUCCGUCUGCAGCAGAUUUGCAGAGACACAGAAGAUGAGGAGGCCUGGAUCCAAGAGACUGAGCCCUCUGCAGCUUCCACCUACCUUGGUAAAGACUUGGUUGCAGCUAAAAAUCUCCUGAACAGACAUGAAGUCAUCCUGGCAGAUAUUUCUAGCCAUGAGCCACGCAUCCAAGUGAUAACAGAGAGAGGAAACAAAAUGAUAGAGGAAGAACACUUUGCUGCAGAAGAUAUAGCCUCUCGGGUUGAGGGUUUGAACAAGAAUAUGGAGUCUCUCUGCACUCGAGCUACUAGGCGGCACAACGAUCUUCAAGCCAAUGUCCAGUUCCAACAGUACCUGGCUGACCUGCAUGAAGCAGAAGCGUGGAUUAAAGAGAAGGAACCUAUUGUCGACAACACCAACUAUGGGGCUGACGAAGAAGCAGCUGGGGCUCUUCUUAAGAAACACGAGGCCUUCUUAGUGGAUCUCAAUGCAUUUGGAAACAGUAUGCAAGCCCUACGGGACCAGGCUGAAGCCUGCCAGCAACAGCAGGCUGUACCAGUGGAGGAUGCUGCGGAAGAAGUGAGGGUUGUGGCUUUGUAUGACUUCCAGGCCCGCAGCCGCCGGGAAGUCACCAUGAAGAAGAAUGACAUCUUAACUCUGCUCAGCUCCAUCAACAAGGACUGGUGGAAAGUUGAAGCUGAUGAUCAUCAGGGUUUUGUCCCAGCUGUCUAUGUCAGGAAACUGGCCCGUGAUGAGCUGCGCAGUCUCCCACAGCGGCGACUAGAAGAGCCAAGCAAUAUUGCCCAGCGCCAGGAGCAGAUCGAGGACCUGUACCACUCCCUCCUGGAUCGGGCAGAAGAUCGCAGACGUCGUCUAUUACAACGUUACAAUGAAUUUUUGCUGGCCUAUGAGGCAGGAGACAUGCUGGACUGGAUCCAGGAGAAAAAGGAUGAAAACACCAGAGUGGAGCUUGAUGAUGUUUGGGAGCUGCAGAAAAAGUUUGAUGAGUUCCAGAGGGAUUUGAAGACCAAUGAGCCUCGAUUAAGGGAUAUCAACAAAGUAGCUGAUGAUCUGCUCUAUGAAAAACUUCUAACACCAGAAGGAGCUCACAUCCGGCAGGAGUUGAAUACCCGCUGGGAUUCCUUGCAGAGGCUAGCAGAUGAACAGCAGCAGAUGCUAAGCAGUGCCCAUGCUGUCCAGAUGUUUCAUAGAGAAGCAGAUGACACAAAGGAACAGAUUGAGAAGAAAUGCCAAGCCCUCAAUGCUGCUGACCCUGGCUCAGACCUGCUCAGUGUCCAAGCCCUUCAGCGACAGCACGAUGGCUUUGAGAGAGACCUCACUCCUCUGGGGGAAAAGGUCAUUAUGUUAGGGGAGACAGCAGACAGACUCUGCGAAUCCCACCCCGACGCCACAGAGGACCUUCAGAGGCAGCGAACACAGCUAAACCAGGCUUGGGAUUAUUUACAAGGACUUACAGAGGAUCGUAAGGAGAACCUUAAUGAGGCCCAGAAGUUCUACCAGUUCCUCAGCAAAGCCAGUGACCUAGAGAAUUGGAUCAAAGGCAUUGGUGUCAUUGUAUCAUCCCCUGAGUUGGCUGAAGACUUAACUAGCACAGAGAUCUUACUGGAGCGACACGAGGAGAAUCGUGUAGACAUGGAGGCAGAGGCUCCCACCUUCCAGGCCUUAGCAGACUUUGGCACAGAACUUAUAAAGAGUGGGCACCGCAAUAGCCCUGAGAUUGCCAAUAAGCUUCAGGAUGUUCAACACAAAAGAGAUGAUUUGGAGAAGGCUUGGGAACAACGCAAGAAGAUGCUAGGCCAAUGUCUGGAACUGCAGUUGUUCCGAGGGGACUGUGAACAGAUUGAGAGCUGGAUGGUAGCACGUGAGAGUUCUCUGAGGUCAGAUGAUGAGGAUUCCUUAAGCAGUCUGGCAACUUUGAUGAAGAAACGGGAUGAUUUGGACAAAGCAAUCAUUGCCCAGGAAGGGAAGAUUACGGACCUAGAACAUUUUGCUGAUAGACUCAUAGCUGAUGACCACUAUGCCAAAGAAGAAAUUGUUACUCGGCUCCAACAUGUGCUCAACAGAUGGAAUGCUCUCAAAGAACAGUUGGUUGUUGAGAGGACCAAGCUUGGAGACCAAGCUGAUCUGAAACAAUUCUACCAUGACCUUGAGGAGCUAGAAGAAUGGAUCAGUGAGAUGUUACCCACAGCCUGUGAUGAAUCAUACAAAGACACCACGAACAUUCAGAGAAAAUAUCUGAAACACCAGACCUUUGAAAAUGAAGUCACUGGUCGAACUGAGCAAGUGACUGGAGUCAUCGACCUAGGGCACUCCCUAAUUGAACGGAAGGCAUGCGAUGGGGAGGAAGAGACAGUGAAGAAGCAAUUGGAUGAGCUGCAGGAACAUUGGGACUACCUCCUUGAGAGAACCACUGACAAAGGGCAGAAGCUCAAUGAGGCCAGUCGUCAGCAGAGAUUCAACACCAGCAUCCGGGACUUUGAGUUCUGGCUCUCGGAGGCAGAGGGACUGCUAGCCAUGAAAGAUCAGGCCAGAGACUUGGCUUCUGCAGGGAACCUGCUAAAAAAGCAUCAACUCCUGGAAGCAGAGAUGGUGGCUCGAGAGAACUCACUUAAGGACCUGAAUAACCUGGCUAAGGAGUUGAUCUCCAGUGGUACUUUCAACGUUGACCAGAUAGAGAAGAAAAUGGAUAGUGCCAAUGAGCGCUUCAAGAAUGUCCAGAGCCUGGCAGCUGCACACCAUGAAAAACUGAAGGAGGCCUAUGCCUUAUUCCAGUUCUUCCAGGACCUGGAUGAUGAGGAAUCCUGGAUAGAGGAGAAGUUGUUACGAGUAAGCUCCCAGGACUAUGGAAGGGAUUUGCAGAGCGUUCAGAACUUAUUGAGAAGGCAUAAACGCUUAGAGGGGGAGCUGGUAGCCCAUGAACCUGCUAUCCAGAACGUACUAGACAUGGCAGAGAAAUUGGCAGACAAGGCUGCUGUGGAGCAAGAGGAGAUCCAGAAGCGGCUGGCUCAGUUUGUUCAACACUGGGAGAAGCUCAAAGAGUUGGCCAAGGAACGAGGGCUGAGGCUGGAAGAGUCUCUGCAAUUCCUACAAUUCAUGGAGAAUGCUGAGGAAGAGGAGGUGUGGCUCACUGAAAAGGAAGCGAUGGUUACCCGAGGGGAUUCUGGAGACACACUGGCUGCUACCCAGAACUUGCUGAAGAAACAUGAAGCAUUGGAUACUGAUUUUGCUGUCCAUGAGAUCCGAGUGCAAAAUGUAUAUGCACAAGCAGAAGACAUCCUGAGUAAGGAGGAAACUCAGAACAAGGACAAGAUUUCUGCCAAGAUCCAGGCUCUCAGUGAAAAGGCUCCUUCUCUGGCCAAAGCAAUGGCUUCUUGGAAGUUGCAGUUGGAAGAUGACUACGCCUUCCAGCAGUUUAACUGGAAGGCUGACGUGGUAGAAUCCUGGAUAGGUGAGAAGGAAACAAGCAUGAAGGCCAAGGACGGUGGCGCGGAUCUCACUGCCUUCCUCACUCUCCUGGCAAAGCAGGACACACUGGACGCCAGUCUUCAGAGUUUCCAGCAAGAGCGACUUGCAGAGAUCACUGAGCUGAAGGACCAACUUGUGGCUGCUCAGCAUCACCAGAGCCAAGCCAUUGAGGAGCGCCAUACUGCCCUGCUGCGGCGCUGGGAGCAGCUGCUCGAAGCCUCUGCAGACCACAGACAGAAAUUGUUAGAGAAGCAGCUGCCUCUACAGAAGGCUGAGGAGCUGUUCAUGGAAUUUGCACACAAGGCAUCAGCUUUCAACAAUUGGUGUGAGAAUGCAGAAGAGGACCUAUCGGAGCCUGUGCAUUGUGUCUCCCUCAAUGAGAUUCGCCAGCUGCAGAAGGACCAUGAGGCUUUCUUGGCCUCCUUGGCUGGAGCUCAAGAAGACUUCAACUAUUUGCUAGAGCUAGACCAGAAGAUUAAGGCCUUAGAUGUGCCCUCUAGCCCUUAUACCUGGUUAACAGUGGAGGUGCUAGAAAGGAUCUGGAAGCACCUGCCUGAUAUCAUUGAGGAACGGGAGCAGGAGCUGCAAAAGGAAGAGGAGAGACAGGUGAAGAAUUUUGAGAUGUGCCAGGAGUUUGAACAGAAUGCCAGUACCUUCCUCCAGUGGGUUCAGGAGACGAGGGCCUAUUUUCUGGAUGGAUCUUUGCUCAAAGAAACAGGAACUCUAGAAUCCCAACUGGAAGCAAAUAAAAGGAAGCAGAAAGAGAUCCAAGCAAUGAAGCGCCAUCUGACCAAGAUUGAGGACCUAGGGGACAACAUGGAGGAGGCUCUGAUUCUUGACAUCAAAUACAGCACCAUUGGACUGGCCCAGCAGUGGGACCAGCUCCACCAGCUGGGGAUGCGAAUGCAACACAAUCUGGAACAACAAAUCCAGGCCAAAGAUACCAUAGGUGUGAGUGAGGAGACACUAAAGGAGUUUAGCACCACUUAUAAACACUUUGAUGAGAAUUUGACAGGGCGCUUGAGUCACAAAGAUUUCCGAUCCUGCCUGAGAGGACUCAACUAUUAUUUGCCCAUGGUGGAGGAGGAUGAACCCGAGCCCAAGUUUCAAAAGUUCCUGGAUGCUGUGGAUCCAAGCAGGAAGGGCUAUAUCUCCCUGGAAGACUAUACAUCAUUCCUGAUUGACAAGGAAUCGGAGAAUAUCAAGACCAGCGAUGACAUAGAGAGUGCUUUCCAAGCCUUGGCAGAGGGCAAGGCCUAUAUCACCAAAGAGGACUUGAAGCAGGCCCUAACCCCGGAACAGGUGUCAUUCUGUACCAUCCAUAUGCAGCAAUACAUGGACCCACGAGGUCGAGGUCAUCCUGCCGGCUAUGACUAUGUGGGCUUUACCAAUUCCUUCUUUGGCAACUCAUAACAGAUCAUAGAAAAGUUUGGUGUGGUGGGAAGUAUUGGGUUUGAAAUGGACAGGCAAGUGUGGAGGGUGAAAAGACUCUGUGUGUGUGUGUGUGUGUGUGUGUGUGUGUGUGUGUGUGUGUGUGUGUGUGUGUGUGUGUAUUAUGCUAAGCCUGGGGGGAGGGGUGUGGAGCUAAUAGAGAUGUUGAAGAACAACUCCUCUCCUGGUCACUAUUAGGAAAUUCCUAAGUCUUUAUUUUUUUAUUCAUUGUAUUCUGCAUAUUUUUAUCAUUUUGGCAUUUUUUCAUUAUAGGAUGAAGCAUUUCUUUUUUAAAGAGAGAUUAAACUGUUUCUGCCCCAAUUGGGAUUCUGCAUUUCUGGGAACUAUACUAUUAUCUAAAUCUGGGCAGAUAAUUAGACUGUGAUAAACAGCCAUAAUAAACUACAAAUAAAACCUAAGAUGACUUACAACUUA